AUGUCAGCCGGCCCAUCCAAUCUGAAUAAACCGGUCCCAUCACGCAAACGACGCGCCGAGAACGGAGCCGCGGGGCCGCGGAAGCGCUCAAAGGCCAAAGACGCGCAGUUGAAGCGUAUUGCCAUAGGAGAUGAAGUCUGUGGAUAUGAUAUGCAGACUAGGCGGUGCCAGAACCAAGUUCCUAAGAGGGACGGCCUGCGGUAUUGUUUCGUGUGCAGCGCCCGGCACGGAAGUGGCGACGAGUGCCGGUUUAAGGAUAUUCGCUCGCUGGCGUAUACGAUCGAUGAUGGUACCAAACGAUACAUUGGUGCAGCGUUCAUCACGAUACAGCAUGAAGAACGUGUGGAGGCUACGCGUCCCGAGUUCACCUAUCCGACCGCCUGGAACGAGGAUAUCCAAGCUCGGCAUGUCGACGGACUGAAGGACGUGAUUGCGCGCUCGCUACUGCCAACGUUGGAGAAGGAGCUGGACGGGUUUAUGGCCUCAACGCCUGGAAGAGAACCGGUUUGGCGAGCCAUGGAGACAACAUGCAGACCUACGUGCGACGGUUGCAUGACGUCCAUGUUCUGCGGCACAUACAUGUGCAGUCUCUGCGGCAGGGAGGUGUGCGAGGACUGUCUGGAACGCAUUAGGGCUGCCGUGGGCGCAGGCCGGCCUCAAGACUAUAUUGGCGGGGUACCGCCCAGAAUACUUCUCAAGGACCACGGUGCCGACGUUAAGCGUGUGCUCUCAUGCUUCAGUCGCGAGGGUCAUUAUCCAGAACACUUUCGGCGGACGUCUCGCUUUACGGUCGCGCAGCUUCGGGAUAUCAUUGCCGAAAUGCGCGCUCGUGUGUCCGGAUCACUUGAUGACGGCGAGGCUACUACCGCUACUCUUGACCAACAGCCCUCAGAAGCAUCGACGUCUAUGCAGAUCGACACCGAGAAUCUGCAAGUAUCCGCCUCCGAUCAAACGAGCGCGCCAUCUCUUGCUGGAACAUCUUCAGGCGCAACAUCUCUGGCUGGAUCUCCAUCUCCGCCCGAAUCUGAACCCUCUCCCACUGCUAUCGAACCUGCUAUCGCUUCUUCUGCUUCCGAUACGACCUCCGACGCGGCUCACGCUUUGUUGUCUAUGGCGGCACGCAUCUCCUCGCCGCCCCCAUCGCAUACCUUACCCACGCCUACCCCUACGCCUACGCCUCCACCCCCUGGUGGUACAGCACUACCGGCCACAGCUGUCGUGCCUACUGCCGCGACAAACCCGACGUCUAUACCUACCCUGGUCGGAGACUACGGGUCCGAGCUAUCUGGUGAAGACGAUGCUUCGCAGCUGGAUAAUGACAGGGAGGCUACGCCAACUCCCCUCAUGCCUGUUACGCCUACUCUUGAUGAUGCCCCACAUCCACCGCCACUACCACCACCUGAACCGUCGAUGAGCGUUACGCCUGAACCCGAAGCGCCCAUCCCUCCUGCAUCUCCUGCGCCGUCUGCCCUUACGGCGUUAACGGAGGAUGGUCCGUCCGCUCGUGCAUCUCCCGCCCCCGCUCCCGCUCCCGCACCUGCACCUUCGCGCAGCCCUACACCUACACCGACCCCCGCUGCCAUACCGGAUCCCGGGCCUGUCGUAGCGCCCGCGGAAGUCGCACCACCUGCACCACCUCCUAUACCAUCCUACGACACGCCGCACUUCAAGGAGACGGACGCAGACUGGACCGAAGACAACUUCCGCAAACUAUGGGCCCAAGGCAAACCUGUCGUCGUAACCGACCUUCUCCACAAAUUCACGCACGCAUGGUCGCCCGAGUACUUCAUCGAGAACUACGGCCACCAAGCGUGCAAGCUCGUCGAGUGCCAGUCCGAGCGCGAAGAGGACCGCGACGUCGAGACGUUUUUCCGUCAGAUGGGUACAAGGCGUGCGCUCAACGGCGAUAUCUGGAAGUUGAAGGACUGGCCGCCGACGAGCGAGUUUUCGAAGGAUUUUCCGGAGCUGUAUAUGGAUUUUGAGAAUGCGGUGCCGAUGCCUUCGUAUACGCGACGGGACGGCGUGUUCAAUAUAGCGUCGCAUUUCCCGCAGAACGCGCUCAAGCCUGAUCUCGGUCCGAAAAUGUACAACGCCUUCGCCACAUUCGAAACCGCCGGUUCAAAAGGCUCAACGCGCCUACACAUGGACGUCGCCGACGCAGUAAACAUCAUGCUCUGGUCCAAGCGCCCGCCCGAGGACCCCUCCACCGAGCCGCCCUGCGCCGCAUGGGACAUCUUCCGCGCCGAGGACGCGGACAGGCUGCGCGAGCUGAUGCGCGAGAAGUUCGCGGACGCGGGCGAUAGCGAUCCGAUACACUCGCAGAAGUACUAUCUGGAUGAGGAUAUUAGGCGCGAGUUUGCGGAGAGGGGCGUGUGGAGUCAUAGGAUAUAUCAGCGUGUGGGCGAGGCGGUGUUUAUUCCGGCGGGGUGUGCGCAUCAGGUCUGCAACCUGGCCGACUGCAUCAAAGUGGCGGCGGACUUUGUCAGCCUGGAGAACAUCCAGCGGUGCGCGCAGCUCACGCAGGAGUUCCGGAGGCUGAACUUUUCGUAUCAUUGGAAGGAGGACGUGUUGCAGCUGAGGACGAUGAUGUGGUUCGCGUGGGAGUCGUGUUCGCGGCGCGGGUUGGGCGCGGCUCGAGGUGAUGAGGAGACGGCUCGAGGCGAUGAGGAGACGACUCGAGGGGAGGAGGAGGAGGAAAAGGAAGAGGAGGGUAGUGCUGGUGCUGGCGGAGAGGGUGAGAUGGAGGUGGACGUUGUGGGGGAUUAG